AUUAUAGUUAAGCCCAUUCAAACCUUGUGAUAUAAAGAGCGCAAUCAUAAUCAGAGGUUAUUUAGAUCAUUGCUAUAUACCUCUUCAGACUUGGCAACUACCAAUGAGAGAACAAGUUACAACGUGUAACCCCAAUAACUUUGGCAGUCUGUUCACAUGAUGCACAUCAUUUAUCAACUACUGAUUGCUACAAUUCUCUCUGGCUCGGCAAUUUCCCAAACUUACUACAUUGCCCCAGAAAAUUCACUAUAUGGCUCUAGUAACAACACAAUCUCUCUGGAGUUGCUUAUUAGUCAGAAUCAAUUUUAUGGUGGAGAAAACUUGACAUUGGUUUUUCUACCAGGAAAUCAUUUUCUUACCAGCUCUCUUACAGUACAGAGUUUUAUGUUUGUGGAUUUGAUUGGAGAGAAUGAUUCUGUGAUAAUGUUUAGUGGAAGAAACAGUUUAAUGGAAUUUUCUACAAUUGGUCAGUUGAACAUUGAAAACUUAAGCUUUACAUCUGAUAUUGUUGGAUUUACUUCUGAAAGAAAGCUCACCAUUAAUUAUGUGACUAACUUCUCCAUUUCUGGUUGCUUUUUCUCGGGUUUUAACGGUACAUCACGUCCUACCUUGCUCUAUACCCAUCGUACUGAAAGUACUUCAAUUGAUUAUGUCAGGUUUGAAAACAAUCUUGCUCUAGCUAUACACAUACGUUCUGGAAAUCAAGUAAUUAUAACACAUUGUGUGUUUGAAAGGAACUGGAACAGUGCUCGAAGUGGAGGAGCAAUCAGAGUGGAUUCAACAAUGAUAGUCGUAUCCGAGUGUAAAUUUUUCCAAAACAUUGCAAGUUACGGUGGAGCCAUUUGCAUCUAUCCUCAAUCCAAUUAUGUGAGUAUCACUGAUACUGAACUAACAGACAACAGUGCCACACACGGGGGAGCAAUUUAUAUCUAUCGUCAAACUAAUAUGUCGGUCUCAAACACUUUAUUUGAAAGCAACAAUGCUUCAAAAGAUGGUGGAGGAAUUUAUGCAUAUCGUUUUAGUGAUAUAAACAUCACUGAUAGUGAACUAACAAACAAUACUGCCACAUGGGGGGGAGCGAUUGCUAUCUAUCGUCAAACCAAUUUGUCGGUCUCAAACACUUCAUUUGGAAGCAACAAUGCUUCAAAAGAGGGUGGAGGAAUUUAUGCUGAGUUUAGUGAUAUAAUUAACAUCACUGAUAGUGAACUGACAAACAACAGUGCUGAUAGUUGGGGCGGUGGUAUUUUCUUGUAUAGCCCAACAAACGUCCACAUCACGAAGACUGUUAUAACAGGUAACAGAGGUAAUCCAUGGGGUGGUGGUAUAUUCACCGAGUUAGGUAACAUCUACAUCUCUGAAAGUGAACUAACAAGUAACAAUGCCGAUUAUGGUGCACCUACGUAUUCCUACUCGAGUGUAUCUAUCAGCGAUUCUAACAUCACAAAUAAUGUAGCAAAAGCGGGUGUUUUGUAAAUUCAGCAAUCCGUUUUGACAUUCCGAGAUACCAAUGUAAUCAGUGACAACAGCGAAAGCUCCAUAUAAUUAUGCUCUUAACUGUGAAGUUAACUUUAAUGGACCAACCACACUCAAAAAUAAUCACGGCACCCUUGGUGGAGCCAUAUUUGCUGUACAGAGUCAAAUCUAUUUUAACACAGAAAUUGGAAAAGUUUUAAUUGUCAACAACACAGCUGAUUCUGGAGGAGGAAUAUUUCUGAGAGAAACCACGUUAUUUGUUUAUUAUCCAGUUCAAAUAUCUUUCAAUACUGCGAGUAAUGGUGGAGGUAUUUUCGCUUACCUAAGCAGUAUUAAAUUUGAAUCAAACGUAUAUGCUACUCGAACAAGUAUGAUCACAAGUAACACAGCUUAUCGUGACGGUGGGGGUAUCUUCGCUAUUGGAUCAACCAUCACGAUUCUUCAUUUCUUCCUGUAUGUGGAUAGGAACAAUGCGAUGUCUAAUGGCGGGGGAAUUUACCUGCAAGAAAGUUCCAAAGUACAAAUAUUCAAGGAGUGGCAUGAAUACACAUAUGAAGAAUGUAUAGUUAUGCUACACAUCGGAAAUAAUGCAGCUCAUUUCGGACAUGGUGGAGGCAUAUACGUUGAUGAUAGUACAGAAAUUAAUGGUACUUGUAGAGGUGGGAUCACUAACAAAUUAACUAAGAACGUUUUCUCUGAAUGCUUCCUUCAAACUCUCAAUUUGUAUGACUUGACUCAUUAUGAUGACACAAUUUUUGUAAACACUUUCCUCACAAAUAAUACAGCCUUUAAGUUUGGAUCAAAUGUGUAUGGAGGUCUUCUGGAUAGGUGCACACUCAACCCUUUCGCAGAAUUCUAUACAGCUUCAAAUGGAUUGGAAUACUUCAGAAGCACUGUCGAACUUUCGAGUGAUUUAUCAGUUGCUUCAGACCCGGUGGAAGUAAGUUUGUGUAAUGGAUCCGAGAACAGUAGUGUGAUUAUCAGAGGAGGUGUACUAAAAGUGAAUGUUAUGGCUGUUGAUCAAGUUGGUAAUCCAGUUAAUGCUACAAUUCGAAGCUCUGUUAUCUCUAAAAGUGGUGUUGGUUGUCUCAAAGAAGGACAGACAGAACAAAGAAUUGGCAAUCAGUGCACAGAAAUAGAGUACAAUGUAUUCGCACAAGAUAUCGCUGCUCAAGUGGAACUCUAUGCUGAUGGUCCCUGUGCUAACCUUGGAAAGUCAACACAGAGUAUAAGUAUUAUAUUUCUUCCUUGUACUUGUCCUGUUGGAUUCCAACAAACCAAUGAUACAAUCGAAUGCAUUUGUGACUGUGAUCCAGAUUUACAACAACAUCAAAUCUCGGAAUGUUCUCAUGAUCAAGAAACAGUUCGACUUGAAACUAACAUAUGGAUAGGGGUUGAUAUCAGCACAACACUCAAUAUGACAAGCUACAUAGUUAGCGACUGUCCAUUUGAUUAUUGUGUAGAGAAACCAUUCGACGUUGUUCUUGGCAAUCAAAACGAGAUAGACAGACAGUGUGACUACAAUCGAAGUGGUGUCUUGUGUGGAGAAUGUAAGGAGGGACUCAGUCUUGUUUUAGGCACGUCAACAUGUUUGGAAUGCUCAAAUCUCUUCCUCGCCUUGUUAAUUCCUUUUGCUGUAUUAGGUGUAGCACUGGUUGCAUUCAUACUCCUGCUUAAUAUCACCAUAGCUACUGGGACCAUACAUGGACUCAUUUUUUACGCGAAUAUAGUUGCAGCAAAUAGAGCAUUGUUUCUACCACGCGACACCUCAACUUUUUGAAAGUUUUCAUAAAUUGGAUCAAUCUUGACUUGGGAAUUGAGACAUGCUUUUACGAUGGAAUUAACUCUCAAGCGAAAGUUCUUCUUCAACUUGUCUUUCCAGCAUAUCUGUUUCUUUUGAUGUUCUUAAUAAUAAUUUUGAGCAAGUACUUUGACUCAUUUGCAAGGCUCCUCUCUAACAGAAACCCAGUUGCUGCCCUAGGCACACUCAUCCUACUCUCUUAUUCCAAACUUUUACGGUUUAUCAUUGCUGCAUUGCAGUCCACAGCUUUAGAUUCUUCUCAUGGAAUCGUUUGGUCCUAUAAUGGUAACGUGCGCUACUUCAGUCGAGAACACAUCCCUCAGUUUGUUGCUGCUAUCAUAAUCCUCGCUGCUGGUGGUUGUUCUUUGGACAAUGGUUUCCUCUCUGUUCCAAAUGGAAGCUCAUGAAAUGGACCAAGAACACAAAGUACAUAGGCUUCAUGGACGCAUACCAUGCUCCAUUCACUCCCAAGCAUCGCUACUGGGUGGGACUGCUUUUCUUUGCUUUGAUUAUCCACAAUCUAGUGACUGCAUUCUCACCAAACCCAUACCUACCUGUUAUAUCAGCUGGCUGCUUACCAGUGGGAAUUAUCGUGCUCAAAUCAUUGCGUAUUAGAGUGUUUAAAAAGUGGUUGAACGAUUUCGUGGAAACACUGUUUCUACUCAAUAUCAUUUUCCUAGCCUUUGGUACAUUGUAUUUCACCAUCAAAAAUGUGAGCAAUAUUGGUCGUGACGAGAUUAGCAAUGGCCAUGCGUUAGCAAACACUUCUAUUGGCAUCGCAUUCAUCCUCUUUCUAGUGAUUGGUGUCGGCUACAACUUUUACCAAUUUAUUCUGAAAAAAACCGAUGUCUUCCAGAAGCUAUCACAUUCAUUGAGAAAUGUAGCUCUCGGAAUAAAGUCUCAGUGGAAAGCUCGAAUUGUUGAUGGACAAGAAAAGAACAUAUCGUAUGAAAUGGUCAGCCUACCAUCGAGUUCCGAGUACCACUCUUACACCGAUGGAGCCGGUAAAAUCACAAGUUCUGAUGAGCUGAAACUGUUGUACAUCGAUGACCUUGCCCCAGUGGUUGAAGGUGACUACAUAACAAAUCCUUCUACAAAAAUUCGAUCUGAAAUCUCGGUAACACAUACAGUGGUUGAAUUCAAAAAUGAACAAUCAUAAUAACUAUAAUAGUAGAGUUUAAUUAUUUUCAUGCACUUGUAUGUAUCAUCGUUUAUAAUGAGCUACAUGCAUAAUUUGUGUAGAUUGAAGAAUUAUAUAUAGUUAAAAAAAGUUUCUUAUAAAAAUUAA